CGGCACCGUGUUACAAAAACAACGCUCUCACCGGGUUAUACACUCAGCUUUGCACCGCUGAGACAGCAGGCCGGGUAGACAAACAGCAGCAAUGGGGUUGACAGUAAAAGUCGAAUAUUGUGGUGGAUGAGGGUACGAACCCCGCUACCGGGAGCUCCAUGACUUUGUCAAGGAGCGGUUUCCCGAUGCGGAUGUGUCAGGCUUCGUGGGAAGACAAGGCGACUUUGAGAUUGAAAUCAACGGGCAGCUGAUCUUCUCCAAGAAGGAGGUGGGGGGGUUUCCAUAUGAGAACGACGUCUUGGCUGCAAUUGAGAGUGCCCACGAUGGCAAACCUGUACAGAAGAUCACCAAAAGCAGACCACAAUGCGUCAUCAUGUAAACUUCCACCAGUCCUGCAGCAUCAACACUGGCCAGUGCAACUGUAUACUGCCAAUGCCACCUCUGGUCUACCUCCAGCCCUGCUAAAAUCAGGCUGGGGUAAAACCUUGCUUUAUACAAAGCCAACAGAGAUGCACUACGGCCAGUAGCUGCUUUCACCAACCGUCUGGCUCCCCCUCUCUGGUCUUAUUGUGGUUCUCCAGGCUGUUAAUGAUUACUGUAGCCUAAAAGCUUAAAGGUUAUAGUAUGAUGAAUCCAUUCCUGGAAGUCCUGUAUUAUAGGAUUUGAGACGGGGAGAAGAUGUCGCAGAAGGAUUGAAGGGAGUUCACUUUUCCUACAACCUCAUUGCCUGAUAUUCUCUCAACUGCCUAAAUAUUUUGUUUUUCCAAGUCUUUGUUUACUGCUCUCAUGCAAUUACCAGUUUUCACAGAAUGCAAGCACCAUGCAAAGUGGAUGUCAAUAUUUUUAAAAGGGAGACUUCCGCUUGGUUUCUGCCUCUGCAGCGCUCUGAUGAAUAAUCUGUUCCAGGAUAUAAUUGAAACAUUACUGUAAGGGUUGUGGCUAAUGAAGACAUUUUGUAUCAUUUGUGGUUGUUAAAUGAAAAAAUAAUCUUGGAAUAGUGUCUUUCUCCAUAUCAAAUUGGAAUACUCUUCUGAUGUCAAUUUAAAAUGUUUUUAUAAAUGAAAAGCUACUCUGUAUUUCAAACUGUCAGGUACUAGAGCGAUCAUUGCAAGUGCUUCUGAAGACCACCACCCACUGGUCUGUCAGCUCACACUUAAUUUAGAUGUCUGCUCAUUUGCCUCAAAAUCAUCUCGAAGUUCCCUCAGAUGUCUGACAACUUUCCACUUUAAAUAAACAUACUGUAAUAGUU